AUGGAGGAAGAACUUCGAGAUCAGAAAGCACACAGGGACUACUACAACAUGCUCCACUUGGUUUCAGAAGCACAAUUUGGGAUUCCAAAGCUGUGCCCAUGUGGAGCAAUUACGAAGGAGACCGUUGAAGAAGAAGACACAUACGAUUACUUACCGGGGAAGACAUACUUCGUCUGCACACAGUUCACGAACGACGGUUUACAUUUCAGACAACCAUGGGUGAAGGCUAUUCAAGAAGAAGUUGAGAGGCUCAAAGAACGGUAUCACGCACAGGAGAAGCUUCUGCGAGAGUGCCAGGCACUUAAGGAGCAGGUGCAGAGGCUCCUUACGCGUGUGGCUCAACUCGAGAGCGGCCGUUGA